CAACGUGUUUCAGCACAAACUGAAGAUUUGUUUUCAAUAUUCUUAUAUUUUGGGAUUUUUCCGAAUUUAAAAAUGGUUUUAGCAGACCUCGGUAGAAAGAUAACCUCAGCGUUGCGUUCACUGAGCAAUGCAACUAUUAUAAACAAGGAGGUGUUAGAUUCAAUGUUAAAGGAAAUAUGUGCAGCUCUUCUGGAGGGUGAUGUUAACAUUAAACUAGUGAAACAGUUGAGGGAAAAUGUACGAUCAGUCAUUGAUUUUGAUGACAUGGCUGGGGGAUUGAAUAAACGAAGAAUAAUACAGUCAGCAGUUUUUAAGGAACUAAUAAAGCUUGUUGAUCCUGGUGUCAAGGCUUAUCAACCUACCAAAGGCAAGUCCAACAUUAUCAUGUUUGUUGGUCUACAGGGGAGUGGUAAAACUACCACAUGUACCAAGCUAGCAUACUACUAUCAGAAGAAAGGUUGGAAGACAAGUCUGGUGUGUGCUGACACAUUUCGAGCUGGUGCCUUUGAUCAGUUAAAACAGAAUGCUACAAAAGCAAGGAUUCCCUUUUAUGGAAGUUAUACAGAGGUAGAUCCAGUUGUUAUAGCUCAGGAUGGAGUAGAAAAGUUUAAAAAUGAGGGGUUUGAAAUUAUAAUAGUUGACACCAGUGGUCGUCACAAACAAGAAGAUUCUUUGUUUGAGGAAAUGCUACAAGUGUCUAUUGCUGUGGGUAUCUCACAUUCGACAGGGUCUUUACCACAGAGUUCAGGUGCUGAUGACCUGUCGGGAGAUUUAUCUGUGUUUAUUCGCAGGGAGAUAGAACGUUAUAUGGGUCAACCUCUAUCUCCAGACAAUGCCCUACUUCCUCCUGAACCUGUGGAACCUGGACAGCUGAUGACGACUUUGAUUGCCUGUCCGGAAUUGUCCAGACUUCAGAAACAGUUUGAAGAGAAAUAUUUAUUUGAUGAUAACCCAGAAAACCACGAGAAGAACGUGAACAACUUCACAGAAACAGUGAAUAAAAUGGGAAAUUUAUUCUUGGACGAUUUCCCAGAGUUAUUGACACUUGACAGCCGCACCUGUGUGGACAAAUCCGUCGUUGAUGCGCUGCUUAUUCUGGAGGACACAAGCUGUCUACAGUAUAAGGACUUCGAUAAUGAUCGAUAA